UAAAUAUAACCCUCUUUAAACUGCACUGACCCUUUACAACUCAAGGAUAUAGAUAUCUAUUAUGAACUAGCACAAGUAUUCUUUACCUGUCGUCGUCGCGACGCCGCCUAUAAUUAUUCUAAACGUGAUGUGAACUGCAAAAGUAAGUGGAGAUCGGGCAGCACAGACACCGGCGCAUGCUGUCGGAGACGUCGUCGACGGAGGGGCCUCAGCCCAGCAGCAUCCAAGCCGGGAAUAUCAGAAGACGGGCAUAGGUACCUAACUAUACUGCUUCUCGGCACUCGCUGAUCGCUCACAUCGCUGCGUCGGCUGUUGUGUGUAGUUUAUUCCCUAAAAAAUGGCGACAUCCAGCGCACCGAAGGACGUAAGCGCGUAUCUCCUGCAAAAGCGCAACAAUCCCGACCGGGCAAUCGCUGAAGAAUGGAGCAAACUCGACGAGCUUUACCAGAAAAAACUUUGGCAUCAACUCACCCUCAAAUUGGAGACGUUCGUGCUGCAUCCGGCACUGCAGAAGGACGAGAACUUGGUCGAUCUGUACAACAACUUUCUGUCCACCUUCGAGAGCAAGAUCAAUCCAUUGUCGUUAGUGGAAAUCUUAGCUCACGUGAUCAAGCAGUUCAAGGAUAAGCGUGGUGCUAUUAACUUCCUGGAAAAGACUGAGCCAAAGGUUAAGAGUAGCAAAGAAGCAGUUGCACUAUGCAAAGUUCUUGCAGGACAGAUACUGUUAGACGAACUGAAUAUCCAGGAUGAGACUAAGAAAAUUAUAGAGGAUGUAGAGUCUAUGCUUGAAACCAGCGAUGGCAUUACUUCUGUACAUGGCAGGUUUUACCUUUUGGCUAGUCGUUUGUAUAGACUGCAAGGGAAACACGCUGAUUAUUACAGAACAGCACUCAGAUACUUAGGUUGCAUUGAUAUAGACACUUUAUCAAAGGCUGAACAAGAACAGCAUGCCUUUUUCUUGGGCUUGGCAGCCCUUUUGGGAGAAGGUGUGUACAACCUUGGAGAGCUUUUGGCUCACCCAGUCCUAGAAUCACUCAAGGGUACGCCAAACUCUUGGCUGAUUGAUUUAUUACAAGCAUUCAAUGCUGGUGAUAUAGCCAGUUUAGAGAAAUUGAAGACACAGUGGAGCAAAGUAGCUGAUCUGGCUGCCCAAGAGCUGAAACUCCGACAGAAAAUUUCUCUCCUUUGCCUCAUGGAGAUGACUUUCAAACGUCAAGCAAAUAACAGACAACUGACGUUCGCCGAAAUAUCUCAAGAAACUCAUUUACCAAUCGGAGAAGUUGAACUUCUGGUAAUGAAAGCUCUUGCUCAAGGUCUGGUGCGCGGAGCGAUUGAUCAAGUAGCGGGUACAGUUAACAUGACGUGGGUACAACCACGAGUACUAGAUCGCACACAAAUCUCAGGAAUGAUUCAACGUCUGGAAGGCUGGUGCAAAGAUGUCAAUUCGAUGGAGAGUCUUCUGGAAAAUCGGGCUACAGAAAUACUGACGCUUUAAUCUGUUAAGUUAUUUACAACGAGUGUGUUUCGUUUGAAUCAUUUAUUAUUUUUUUUCUUUAAAUUUUCUUUAUUUCCAUGUACGAAUACACGAGAAAUUUCUAUGGACAAUUUUUAACAAAUAUGGUACAAAAUUUGCAAUAACUAAACGUAUGUUUUCACUCACUCGUUGACUAAAUUUCAAAAUACAAAAUACAUUUUUUACUUAUACAUCUGUUAGUCAUUAACUAUUAUUAAUAAAUUAUCUCUAUAUAAAUUCUUAAA